AUGGUCAGGCCAGUUCCUUUUGCCACCUUUAAAAGCCGUACCAGGACGAGUGCCACCUUCAAAGCCGUACCAGGUGAGAAUGACAUCCUGUGCGUCAAGCAAGCCGGCAUCGCCGUGCCGUCCUUGUCGGAGGUGCUCAAAGGCUCCAAGGGUGCCAUCGUCAUUCCUUCCCUCAAGGAGGCGCUGACCAAGCCGGAGGCCAGCGAGGUAAAGGAGCCCAAGGCUCAGCUAGAAGAGAGCGCCAGCGCGCAGCUUGCGCAAGGUGAGCCUCUCCCCGUGCCUGUGCGCCAGCCCGUGUGCUACGAGGACCUGGAAGACGAUGCGCCAACACCCUCCGCGCCCUCCGCGCCCUCCGCGCCCUUUGCGCCCGUGGACGCCACGGAAGCUGCGGAAGUCGCGGGAGAUGCGGAAGCGGACUCGCCACAGGUGGACCACAACCGCUUAGCCUUGGCUCUGAACCGCCUCGCCAAGGACUCCAAGCGAAGGGCACGAGUUGCAGAGGCUGCCAAGGCCCGCUCGGUGUUCAUCACCAACUUGCCCUUCAAGGCGAAGGAGGAGGAGAUCAGAGGCUGGCUGGAGCCGGCGGGUGACAUCAAAGGGCUGAGGCUCAACCGAGACAAGGUGACCACCAAAGCCCUGGGCUACGGCCACGUGCAGUUCGCAUCUCCGCAAGCUGCAGAGGCUGCUGUGAAGCAGUGCGACAAGAUCGAGCUGCAUGGCCGCGUGAUGCGCGUGGCGCCGGUGUCUUCGGAGAAGUUUCAGUUUGAGCUGCCGAACAACAUCAAGGAAGACCUCCGGGCGCUCAUCUCUGAGGCAUAUGAGGGCAUGAACAUCAGUACCAUCAAGGAUGCGUGGCAGUGCCGCCACCCGGGGGAAAAGCUGAACACCACCAAGUGGGGCUUCAAGAACUUCUCGGCUGCCCUGAGGACUCUGGAAGGCGUGCAGUUGGAGCAUCACCUGGACAAGACGCUGACCUUCUUGGCCUUCUUCCAAGAUUCGCCGGCGCACCGGGCAUUCCUGGAGGCCAAGGCCAAGAAGAUGGCGGCAGCGCCGUUUGCCCGCGGUGGCCGGCCGGCCGUUGCCUGGGAUCUUUUGGGCUUCCAGCGGUUUGGGUUGGACUCGGCGGAAAUGGAGCAGUGGCAACCAACGUGGAUUGAGAAUUGA